CACGCGAGGAUGCCGUUCCCAGACUCCGAAACCUUAGAGUCUCUGGACAUCGUGCUGCUUCCGCAAGGGGGCGUUUGUGGGAGAAGCGCGUUUUGACAACGACGGAUGAAGCGGAUGAUGAUGAUGAUGAUGAUGAUGUGAGUGAGCAUCAGUGCGGAAGGCGCUCUGACUGACAGCGGAACCCCCCAUCGAUCCGCCUCUCCAUCAUUAUUCCGUUUCUCCAUCAUCGCUCCGUCCGUCUCUCCAGCAGCAGCGAGACCCCCAUCAUCAUCAGUCAUCACCCCCCCGCACCCGUGUCUCUCCCUAGACUACAGGAGCGUCUUUUCCCCGCUCCGAGUCCGUCCAGCUCAUUUACCGGCUCCCUCCGGACACACAGCGCCGACGGGUAACAUGUCAUUUCAGCGAUUUUCCCCUUUUAUUAUGUCUUUAUAUAUUUUUUUCUCACGAACACUAUCGACAACAGCGUUGCGGACACCAGAGACGAAAUCUUCGCGCGGCACAGCGCUUUUCCUCUGAAUUUACCGUGUCUGUGCUUUUUACGGUGCUUCUGCACCGUUUCUGGAACGUGUCUGCGGUGUGGUUCACCGCAUCUGUAGUGUAUCUGUACUGUGUUUACCGCAUCUGCAAAGUGUGUGUAAACUGCAGUUUGUCUAGUUCCUCUUUUUGUCUGUGUGUAGAGUGUCUUUGCACUGUGUGUGUGGUUAAUGUACUGUACCAACAGGGUAAACUGCACCUGCACUCUCUCUUUACUAUAUUUACACUGUGUCUGCAGUGUAUCUGCAGUGCAUCUGCAUUGUGUCGAACCCGUUCCUUUGCGGCUUCGCUGCAGUGCGCAAAGGUGUUCCAGGAUGUCUCCUCCCAAGGUGGCCUUGAAGCACUUUGCUCUUCUCCUCCUUCCGGGUCUGCUGGGGGCGCUGGCCUCAGAUACCCCCCACACCCCGUACACCCCUGGAGCGAAGGAGGAUCUGCUGCUCCAGGGGACAGGGAUGCUGAAGGCUGAGGAGAUGCAGCAUCAGCUGGAGGAGGACCAGAACCAGGUGGACAAUGACAGCUCAAGGUGGACCCAGGACACACACAGCCUUCCUCUUGUUUACCACGAGGAGAACUCUUCUCUCAGGCAGCCUGGAAAUGAGUCCAUCCAGCCCGUGGAGAAGGUGGAUAAGGUAACGCACAAUGAGACAAGUGCUCCCCACUUUUCCGGAACCCUGAUCCGGUCCAGUGGCCGGGGAAACGAGAUCAGUAAUGAGUGCACGGUCGACAAAGACUGUGAGGGGGACCACUACUGCCAGAAUGAGGUGCUCCACUCCAAGUGCCUUCCCUGCAAGGGUGUGCAGGAGCUGUGCACCAGUGAUGCGCAGUGUUGCGGGGCUCAGCUCUGCGUGUGGGGCCAGUGUACGGAAAACGCCACCAAGGGUGAGCCAGGCUCCAUCUGCCAGCACCAGAGGGACUGUGGGGCAAAGCUGUGCUGCGCGUUUCACAAAGCCCUCCUUCCCCCCGUGUGCAUGGCCCGGCCAUUGGAACAUCAGCGUUGCAGAAGCCACCCAAACCACCUGAUGGCGAUGCUGAGCUGGGACCAACAGAACGAGGGACCGCUGGAGCAGUGUCCAUGUGCCCCAGGGCUGCAGUGUCAGCCGCUUGGACGAGGCUCCUUGUGCCUCCAACAACAGAGCUCAUCCAGUGAAGAGGACCUGAUGGAGACCCUCUACUCGGAGAUAGAUUACAUCAUUUGACGUCGCCUACAGAUUGUGCCCAUGGACCGCCACCGAAUGUACUUUUCUCUUCUCCGCUCCUCUGUCCACAUGGGACAUGCUCUCCUGCAACGCCUUACAGCCUAGUGUGCUUCCAGUUGUUCACACCGUGUUUUGGAUUGUACCUCUGAGCUGUAGUUCUUCUCACACCUGCAAUGUUGGAGACCAACCUGUAGUUCUUCUCACACUGCAUACUCUCCACUGCUGCACUGUUGUAUGUGACCUCCAGUCCUACUCCACCAUCCCAGAUGGAUCCAUCCAUCACCAUCACCAAGGCUUCUGGCUCUUACACAAUGUUAUAUAGGUAAAUGCUUAUAUUUAAUAAUGCUCUCUUCUACGGUAGAUGAGAUAUCCACAUGAAGACCUAAUUGUGUCUGUUCUUGGGCUGAAGAGCGGAAAAGAUGUACUGCAAGUUGCAUGUUAAUCUCUCAUUGGGCACGGCACCUUCUCUUCAAGGAUUUCUAACCCUGGAUCAGUGAGGGAGGUUGAAAUUCUUACAAAUUAAAGGUUCA